AGUAGGGAGUUUCUGCUAGGGUCUGGAUUGGAGUUAUACACAGACCGGACCCUACCGUGUAUGAGUGGUGUCUGAGGAGAAACAGAGGAUUCCCCCCUUGACACAAAGAAUCUACAUGUCUAAUAUUUAGACAUGUUCAGCUUUGUGGAUAUUCGGUUAGCGCUGUUGCUCAGCGCAGCAGUGCUGUUGGUCAGAGGUCAAGGCGAGGAUGAUAGUAAGUAUAACUUUCACACAUUGCUUUGAGUUGGUUUUUUUGGGACUGUGGCACGCUCGGGAUGUGGAUAGCCCGCAAGGAUGCUGAGCAGUUUGCUGGAGCUGAUCGUCCUCUGCAGGAUACCUGACUCCAUUAGGCACAGAUGUGGAGAAAUUUGACGUGAAUUGAGACGUUUUGUUUUCUUUUUGGUUGGGUUUGGAGAUUUGGAAGCGAAAGGGGAUUUCUAAAAAGUUUUCUCUAACUGUCUCCUGCGCGCACACACGCUCCCUGUGCGUGCGCAAACAUGAGGGGAGCAGCUGCGCUUUCUCUGAUGCGCAAUGACAGGACACUGGGUUCACAAUUGGAAAAUGGCGAAUCCCUUUAGGUAAAAUUGAUCUUAUUUGCUUUGGAGAGCAUUUUUGCAGAAGAGUAACACUCUAGAUUACAACUAUGCCAAAUUUAAUAGUCUGUUACUUAGAUUUUCCUCUGUUGUUUCGCCAUAAACACAUCACAAGUGAGAACAAAAAGUUUUUGGAGAGCCAAUCAGUCUCAGGUUUCAGGUUAAACUUUUGCACUUGACUUUUAUGGGAAUGGCAAAAUGAAUUUCACAUUUUCCUCCAGUUUGGGUCAAACUAGUCUUAGUCAGUGAAAUAAAAAAGACAAUGGAAAAUCGCUGAAGUCUGACGUCGACUGUAAUAUAGUCUAGACAUCAAUUAAUCACUCCUCUAUACUGAAGAGGGUGCGGAAGAUGUAGUUUUGUGGGUCAACAGCGCCGCUUAGAGGCAGAUACUGGGACUUUCUGCAUCCAUCUUCCAAACCCUCGGUCCUCCCACCUCCAAGGCCCAUCCUCACAUCCAGCAGCCUGAAAUGUAAUUAGGGCCCAGUGAAAAUUUCCACCCGUUUUUUUCAGAUCCAAAAAUGUUGGAUAGUGACCAAACCUGCGCAGACUCAAAGACUGUUUCAAGAGUUUCCAGUCUGGAAUAAACAUUUAAACAAUAUAAGAGGCUCUACUCCUGCAACAGAUCAGGAAACAAACAUCAAAUUUGACCCAAACAAUAAAGACUCCAUAGGUCAGUUAGAGUGCCACAGCUUGGACACCUGAUUUAUUCUGAUACCCCAGAAGGCCGCUGUGAGAAACUGUUCCUCCUGAACUCAAACAUCUGUAAGGUUAAAUGGUUCUCUAUUGGAUCACUGUGCUGUCUACUGGCCAGAGUUUAAUGUCUGAUCUCAGCCUGUUGUGCACAUCUGGUUCCCAUAUGAUGCACAUCUGUGCAGAUGUGGCAAAGACUCUAAAACUAACUUAUGCCAGCACAGUACACAGAUAGUUUGUGCAUUUAUUAAAUAAAACUCUUGCUUUUGUUUUAAUUUUACCUGAAUGGACCACACUCACCCUGGUUUCCUCCUCUCAGGCAUAUUCGGCAGCUGCACAUUAGAUGGACAGUUGUACAACGACAAGGAUGUAUGGAAACCAGAGCCCUGCCAGAUCUGCGUCUGCGACAGUGGAACCGUCAUGUGCGACGAGGUGAUCUGCGAGGACACAUCCGACUGCCCCGACCCAAUCAUCCCAGACGGAGAGUGCUGCCCUAUCUGCGACGCCGAGGGUACUUCAUCCUCAUCCUCCUCCUUACCAAAUUUGUGGUUGAUUAGCUUUUUGGCGCCAUCUAGUGCCUUUUUACCCGAGCUCUGGCCACAAAUGGACUGGAGGCCCUAAGCCUGCCUGCUUCCCAGAGGAUUUCAACUCAGAAAGAAUCGCUUUGGAUUUACCUUUUGUCCGUUUUAUUUCAAUGUGCAUCCUUUUGCGACGGAUUAUACCUGCUCUUUGCUGAAGUCUGGCAUGCAAAUGUAAUUUCCCAGCAUGCCCCCCUUGUGCAGUGACACCGCAAUGUGCCAAAAGGGUCCACAAGUGUCGUGUCUGCCAAAAAACAUCUCAACAUUUGACAUUCAGAAUCUGCUUUUGAUGCAAUAAUGAACGAUUUUGUACAUUUUACUUUAACCAGCCCUGACCUGCUGUAGACAGCUGAUUCAUUUUUAACUCUUUGUUAUUAAAGAAGUCACGAGUAGCUUCUCAUUAAAAACCAAGUUGACAUUUUCUUUCUCUCUAUUGGUUCAGUUACCGUGGAUCCCAUCCCAGAUCCAGUGGAUCCCGUGUAUCCUGAGGAGGUAUUUAGCCUUUUUUUUUUCUUUUUGAUUGAAACAGAUAAUUAAAUGUGAACCAAACUUUCUAACAAAACUCGGCAUGAUUCGGUUUAGUUUAUCAUCAAAGCUGCAUGUGUUGGAGAUUUUACUUGUGGAUGAAACGUUGCAGAAUAGCCUAACUCCUCUUUUCUUGUCCGUCUGUAGCCAAUAAAGGGAGACACCGGCCCCAAGGGAGACCCGGUAGGUUUCCCCACUUUGACUCUCACUCAUCCUGCUCAGGAGGUUUAUUCUGUGCUGUAAACCCAUUAACAACAGAAAUAACUGCAAACAAAGGCGAAGUGAAGGUGGAGAAAAAUAUCUUUGAGAAAGUUUUCUCUGUGUUUUGAAGUCGGUCGAACAUCUUGUAGGAAUUUUGGUCUAAAAAACAUGCAGUUUAUACCACAAAUUAUAAGAGCUCUUGUGGUUUGGCUUGUUUUCAGUAGAAGAUAUGCAACUUUGCUGCUCUGUGUGCGAUUGUAAUUGGAUCUUUUAGUGACAUAUUAGAUUAUUUUAGAUCGACUAGAUCGACCCGUCACUCAGCAGCCUCUGUGUCGGCUGCUGGGUUUAAUACUGCUGUGACGUAAUUAUGACUUGUGACCUUGAUAACUAGGUCAACAGGUCAACCAGAGUUCAAAGGUCACACUAUGCAAGUAAAUAAAGACUUCAAAGAGAUAAACAAGUUCUUUCUCUUUUGAAUGUCAGUCAGAUUAAGAGCAAAAUUUUAGGAAAAAUCACAAAAUUAAGAAUUAAAAUGUGAUCAUUCAGACACAUUAAGAGUUUGGUUUUCAGAUGUCUCAUUGAGUAUUUUAUUUCACCAACAUAAGAUAUGAAAUUAUAAGACGAAUGAACUUUUGACCUCUUCUUCUUCUUCAGGGACUUCCUGGACCUCCUGGCAACGACGGUCUUGAUGGACAGCCUGGCCUUCCCGGACCUCCCGGCCCCCCUGGCCCCCCUGGCCUUGGCGGAGUAAGUUUUUCCAAACCACAACAUCUGUGAAGUCUGGGUCUGUUUUCUGUAGCUGUCACAGUCCUGAGUUUCCCCUUAAAACCCUCAACAACAGAAGUAAAAAAGCCUGCCCAACUUUUAUCUUUGAUGGAGACGCCAAGUUAUCAUCACCCGACUCAGAGGCCUCCAUGUUUGUUUACACCCUGAGAUUUUUUAUGAUACGAGAAAGUUCUCUUUGGUUGAGCAUUUGUUACCUACUCAAACAGAAACUUUAAUUCUCAACAGAUGAUUCAGGAUUAGCAUCACUCAACCCCUUAAAUCAGUCACCCUACAGCAGUGUAAAGAAACUUGAGUCUCUGUGGAACAUUAUCCAACAAAAACAAUAUUUUCUACACUCUUCUCAAAGCUAAGAGACUUACGUUUUAUCCUUCUCUUUUACAGAACUACUCUCCUCAAAUGAGCUACACAGACCACUCCAAAUCCAGCGGACCCCCUCAGCCUGGCCCAAUGGUAAGAUGGCUUCCCUCUGUCUUGAUCCACCUUUAUUUAGGUGAUAAUGUUUUGUUGAACAUUUGCAGACAGGUCAAGAAAAUCUAAUGUGUGUUUCUUCAAUCUUUAUCAACAGGGUCCUAUGGGUCCUCGUGGUCCUCCUGGACCUUCUGGCUCACAUGUAAGUAUUCUUGUAGCACUCCUGGACGGUCCUUUUGUUGAAAUAAUCUAGCGUUAAAAACAGAUCAUUGUUAACUUCCAGGAUUUUCGGAGGGUAUUGUGUUAAUCUCGUUUCUUUCUCGUCCAACAGGGUCCUCAGGGUUUCACCGGCCCCCCUGGUGAGCCCGGUGAGCCUGGAGCUUCUGUGAGUACACAUAUUGAUCUAAUAAACAGAUUUGUCUUUGGUUGGGUUAAGAGGGGGAAUGUCAUUAAUAUUUCCUCAUGCUGUAGUCGUCAAGGCCCCAUUUCUGUCAGUGAUAGAUCCCCCGCAUGCCCUCAGAACUUUUCACGAUGUUAAACAUUUAUUCCGUACUAACGAGGCCAUUUAUUGUGUUUUCCCAGGGUCCCAUGGGUUCACGUGGUCCCGCUGGCCCCCCUGGAAAGAACGGAGAUGAUGUAAGCCAUUCAUCGACUAUUAUCUCCUCCUGCUCUUCAUCACAGUUCUUGUUCAUUCCUAAAAGACUUGAACGGCUCUGACACAGACUGGAACGAUUCUUAUUGUCCUCCUGACCAAUCCCUCUCUCUCUCUUCCUCAGGGUGAGCCCGGCAAAGCUGGUCGCCCUGGUGAGCGUGGAGCCGCCGGCCCUCAGGUGAGUGACAAAAAUCAGAAAACAGUUCGACUUAGCGCUCAUGAUGAAUCUUGAGUCGUAUUAUAGACCCGUGCGUACAGUUUUCUGAUAAACGCCCCUCUGCCUUCUUCUCUAGGGUGCUCGCGGAUUCCCCGGAACUCCUGGACUCCCCGGCAUCAAGGGACACAGAGUGAGUCCGAGAGAGUGUUUCGCAUCAAAUCCAUUUUUUUUUUUGAGUUUGUAAAGGAAGGUGUCUGACCUGACUGAUUUCGCACACAGGGAUUCAGCGGUCUGGAUGGAGCUAAGGGAGAUGCUGGACCUGCUGGCCCCAAGGUACGACCGUAGGAAGUACUCUCGCCCCCUGAAGAAGGAUGUUUCUCAUAAUAGCGACAAAAUACUCAGCUUUUCCUUUUUGUGUUUGUCCACAGGGAGAGGCUGGUGCAUCUGGUGAGAACGGCCUUCCCGGUGCCAUGGUAGGUUGUUUUUUUGACUCUACAUGAACUCACUGUACCUCUGCUGUGGGUUAGACGCAGCCUUGUAAAACUGAUGUGUCUUUUUUUUAGGGCGCUCGUGGUCUUCCUGGUGAGAGAGGACGCCCUGGACCUCCUGGCCCAGCUGUAAGUUCAACUAUUUCACUCAAAAGUUAUAAAAACUUUCAGCUAGUCUGUUGUAAAUGUUUAUCGCUGCUGAUGAAACCCUCCUAAUGUAGUCCUCUUCUUCUGCAGGGCGCUCGUGGUAAUGAUGGCAACACCGGCCCUGCUGGUCCUCCUGUAAGUGCGACUUGAUACGACUUUCAAAUCAGGGCUAUCCCAAAACACCCAUAUUUAACUGUCAUUAAAAAAAAAAGGAAAAUGUGAUACAGAGCUAAAAUGAUUAUAAUUAAAGCACAUGAUGAUACCCUCAUAGCUCAGGGGUGUUAGUGGCGUUUUUUAGCUGGAGAGAAGAUGAAGAAGAAGAAGAAGCAGGCGCGGUAGUGAAGUAGCUGUAGCAGAAGAUGAUCAGACGCUUUCAAAACUGAUUUCAAGAUUUAGUGUAAAUGGAGGUUUUUGCCUCUUCAGGGAUGCUGAUACACUGAAGUUUUAUCCUUUUAAAUCAUUCUUGAAGCUAAUUGUUGUUUAGGUCCACAACCUGAGUUAUUUCUGAAGCUUUUUUUUAGAUUAUAGAAACUAAAGCAACCUAAAGGCAAGGCAGUAAAAAUGUUAAAAUGAAAGAACGGUAAAAUACUGUUUUUGCAGUUUCCUCUCAAAAAAAUGAAAAGAAUGAUAUUUCAUUAAGUCAGCUGCAUUAGUAAAGUUUAUAAAGUAAGGAAUUGCUCCCCGAUUGUCCCGCCUGUCUUUAAUUUGACUGUUAUUUCCCGAGGUUUUAACAGUUUAGCCGUGAUGUCAAUCUAAUAUCAUGGCAGCUAUUUCUCGUCUGUGUAAAAACAAGUCAAGCUAACAUCAUCAUCUGCUGCAAACCCAACACGUCUUCUUCUUCUGAAUGUUUCAGGGACCUACCGGACCUGCUGGCCCCUCUGGAUUCCCCGGUGGUGCUGGAGCUAAGGUACGUCUUUAUAUGGGUUACAUAUUUUAGAUCAAUUAAUCUGAUCAGACACAUCAUAAUGUAGUUUGUUAAAGUGGGUUAAAGUGAGACAAAAGGGUCGCCUCAACAAACAGGGGAAUUGUUUCGUUUGGUUUUACUGAUAUUAAUGUGAAACUAAGCUGUAGAUAGUUUUGAUUUUUAUGGCUUAAAACUGGUUUUCUGUGUCAGUAGGAUCAUUGUAGAGAUUUCAAAAGACCCUCCACUACUUCUCAUAGUCACCAAAUGUGUGAUAAAACUCUAAUCCCAAAUGAAACAGACUUUAUUUCUACACCGUCACUCACUGACCAGCAGGCUGUAAAUCUAAAAAUACAUCCUAAUUCUGUCAAGCUCAGGUGAGCGCUGUAGCCACCAGAUGGCAUCAGUAGACCUGUAAUGGCAGUUUCCCUUUGAGACCUCCCUCCCCAUCUGUAAAAGUAGAGGCGCCAUUAUCAUGAAUUCACACACUCACCUUUUAUUUUAAUAACCAGGAAGAAGAGAGUGUAGAAAGUGUGGACAGAUACACACGAUCAGUUGGAGAGUUAGAUGUGUUCAUGUUGUCUCCACUUGGAUAGGUAGAUUGUUGGAUUUUGGAGUUAAUGAUACCUGAGCUGCGGAUUUCUAAACCCCUGUUGCUCCUCUCUACAGGGAGAGACUGGAGCCCAGGGAGGACGUGGAUCUGAGGGACCCCAGGGAGCCCGUGGUGAGCCCGGUAACCCUGGACCUUCUGGACCCGCUGGACCCGCUGUGAGUAGAUAACCGCGCCGAUCUGUCUUAUUGAAAAUUCGGAGCUGAACUCUUUUAACUUAACGUUUUCUUUCCUCCUCUCUCAUCAGGGUGCCCCUGGAUCUGAUGGUAGCCCUGGUGCUAAGGGUUCUCCUGUACGUAUCAUGGUCAUCGAUCACCUUUUAAAACCACUUAAAGCUGGCACACAAAAUCCUAUAAACCCUGUCUCUCCUCUCUCCUUAGGGUGCUGCUGGUAUCGCUGGUGCUCCUGGUUUCCCCGGUUCUCGUGGUCCCGCUGGAGCUCAGGGAGCUAUUGGUGCUCCUGGUCCCAAGGGUAACAACGUGAGUAGAUGAUUGAUUUUUUUUGGAAGUUUUAGGGUUUGGCAUCAGACUAUGUUGACCUCCUGUUUUAGAGACUUUAGAGAUCAAAUAAAAUGUGUGUUUCUGCCAACAGGGUGACCCCGGUGUCGCUGGUCCUAAGGGAGAGCCUGGUGCCAAGGGAGAGGCUGUAAGUCCCAAAUAUGAUGCUUCUAAUGGGUGUAACACUCUCUGAGUGAUUGAGGAAAGAAGUACUCAUAACUUACCUGCUGUUUUGUCCAGGGCCCUGCUGGACUUCAAGGACUCGCUGGCCCAUCUGGUGAGGAGGGAAAGAGAGGACCCCGUGGAGAGCCUGGUGGUGCUGGACCCCGUGGACCCCCUGGAGAGCGUGUAUGUAGACUCCUCUUAAUAUUGGUUGAAUAAAAGGAAAACGAAACUAAAAGAAGGACAAACAAAAACCAGAGGCGGAUGAUUCAUCUGCGUUCGUUUCCAUUCAUAAGGACAUUACAGCAUCAUAGUAGCAGCUCUGGUUUGUAUUGGUGGACUGUGCUACAGCUAAGACACCAAAAAUGACCAGAGCUUCAGGCCAAUAAUCCAGAUUCUGACAAGGAAAAUUGACAGUUAUUGAUUUUUUUUUUUCUUAAUGAGAAGAUGAAACGUGUUUUCAGGCACUUAUUUGCACCAUAAAGUUAGCACAGCAGAAGUCCCAUCAUCUUUAUACACUAUUAUAAUACAGCGCAGUGACUGACAUGCUUGUUGUGUCUGUUUUCAUCCCUCAGGGUGCCCCUGGUGCUCGUGGUUUCCCUGGUGCUGAUGGAGGUGCUGGUGGUAAGGUGAGUCACUAAAUCGACCCAAACUGAUCUCAGUUUUUUAUCAGAUAAUAUAGUUUGAUUUAAAUCCAACCAUGAAGUGAAUUAAAACCAUAACAGAUGUAUUUAUGUAGGGUUCAAUCUUGCAGUUAGUCAAUGAUCCAUUACUCACGAUAAAAGCCUUAAUAUGGUGAGUUGUUUUGUAGCGUUAGAGUGUGUUUAUGUUUGUCAGUAAACAAUGUGUUGAAAAAAAUCCUGAAAAAAUCGAUACAGGAUAGUAUCGCGAUAUUUUGUCUGGUGAUAUAUCGUAUUGUCUCAUUUACCAAGUAUCGAUUUUUCAUAUUAAUUGCUAAUAUGAAGUCACAUCUAUGAUAAUGGAAAAAUAAAAUCAACUGUUUGUCGAGUGAAGUUGUCAACAAAUAUAUGUAAGGUUUGCAAGAUGUGCCACAUGAAAAUAAAUUACAGCGUCAAUAAGACAAACAUAAAGGAAAGACAAAUGCUAAAUUGGCUAAACAGUUGUAAACGUUGUAUAGAUCGCAAUAUAUUGAAACGUAAUGCUCACUGUAUUGCAAAAGGUUAAAAUCGCAAUAAUAUCGUAGCCCAAGUAUCGUGAUAAUAUCGUAUCGUGGGGACACUCGUGAUUCCCACCCCUAAAAUUGGGAUGUUAUUGUUUCUGAGUUGAGUAUCUGAGCUGGACACAUGUGAAAGAUUAGGGUCAGAAACUUCGCCCUGAUCGCCUCCUCUUCUUCCUUUUUCAUCCUUUCUUCAUCCUUUUUCUCUCCUGCCUUUGUCCAACAGGGAGCCCCCGGUGAGCGUGGUGCCCCUGGCCCACUCGGACCUCAGGGAGCCACCGGUGAGGGUGGCACCCCUGGUGCUCCUGGCGCUCCUGGAUCCAAGGUGAGUCUUGCAACUGGUUCAAUCAAACAGACACUAAAAUUAUGACUCCUGUUUUCCGUUAUUCACCCGUUUCUUCCUCCACAGGGUGUGACCGGUAGCCCCGGAAGCCCUGGCCCUGACGGCAAAGCUGGACCUGCUGUAAGUCCCAACCUGCAAAUAGUUUCUGAUAGUCAGGGCUGAUGAUUUAGUAAAACUCAUUGAGAGUCGAUAUUCCUACGUCUGAUUGUCAUUGUGUUUUUAGGGUGUUGCUGGACAAGAUGGACGUUCCGGACCUCCCGGCCCUGCUGGAUCCAGAGGACAGCCUGGAGUUAUGGGAUUCCCCGGAGCCAAGGGAGUCGCUGUGAGUUAACCAUUUCAUUCCCAAAACACUCAUCACGAAAUCGUUCAAAUAUGUCACAGAAUCAGGUGUGUCUACCUGGGACCGCUUAUUGGUCUAGCAAAGGGAGAGGACUGUUGACAGAUCGUAUUUAGUCCUGCAGACUUCAGUGUUGACUUUGUCCCUUACAGGGUGAGUCUGGCAAACCUGGAGAGAGAGGACCUGGUGGUGCUACUGGUGCUGUUGUAAGUCCCUGUUUUUUGUUUAUUACAGAAUUGAAGCUUGUUCCGCUUGUCUCGUGUUCAGACUGUGUGUUUGCAAACAUACGGAUAAUUGUUUUGGUGAUGUUUUCUGUCACAGGGUGCUCCUGGCAAAGACGGUGACAUUGGUGCUCCUGGCCCCUCUGGCCCUGCUGUAUGUAUCAUUCCCACCUUACACACAGUGACUCAUAUGAACACUUCCAAUCAUCUCAGUUGUCCUCAUCAUCAAAUUUGCUUCUUGUUGUUCAGGGACCUGCUGGUGAGAAGGGAGAGCAGGGACCCGCUGGUCCUGCUGGAUUCCAGGUAGGUUGUGGUCGUACCUCAGAAGCCCGUUCCUUUUUUCUGUUCAGUCAAGAUUUCUGAGCUGGGUCACUCAUAUUUUCCUUCUCCCUUACUUGUGCAGGGUCUUCCUGGACCUCAAGGUGCUACUGGUGAGACUGGCAAGCCUGGUGAGCAGGUAAGAAAAGAGUGAGACCAAACAAAGUGGUUUCAUAUUUAGGUCCUUUCUGCUUUUAAGGAUGCUACUGAUACAUAUUUUCAUUUAGUGGAAGAUUGAGCCUCGAUUUCAGCACACAGAGAUAUAAUUCACAUACAGCACAGAACCUUAGUUAGAUGUGUGAUCUUAGAGAUUGUAUUUCAGAGUUUUCAGCUUUUAAAAAUAUGGAAAAAUACGGAAAUAAAUUUGAUCAAUUUCCAGGUCUUAAAAAGUAUGUAAAAUGAAAAAUACAGUAUGUAAAGAUACUUAUGUUUCCAGACUAUUACCACAGUAAAAAAAUACUGUUUUCUCGAAUAGAUAAAGUUGGUAUUUUCAAAAGUAGGGUAUGGAGAAGUAUGGAAAUUCCAACCACUCAUUAGCAUUUUGGAGAUUUGAUAAUUGAAUGUCUCGAGAGAUCAUCUCUUCAUCUCCAUGACAACCUUCUCCUCUCUUCUUUUCUGUUCAGGGAGCUCCUGGUGAGGCUGGACCCCAUGGUCCAUCUGGACCCAGAGUGAGUAUCUCCUGAGUUUCAUUCACUUUUAAAAAACGUCUCUCUGGUUUUUAAGCUUCAACUAAACUGAUGGUUUUCUUUCUCCUGUAGGGCGACAGAGGUUUCCCCGGAGAGCGCGGUGGUAACGGAGUUGCUGGACCCACCGGACCCCGUGGUGCCGCCGGCCCCGCUGGUAACGAUGGAGCCAAGGUGGGUCACAAAUAUUAAACAACAAUCUAAUGUCUAAUACAGCAGCUACCAAAUAGAAAACAUGCUUUUUAAAGUUUGAGGGUUUUAAUGGUGUAGAAGCACUUUUUUAAUAUCUGUGAUUAAAAGAAGAUUCAUCACAGUCACGGAAAAUAACUUUCAGGAAGAAAUCGACUGCACCUCUGGAUGAAUCAGUCACAUUAAAAAUAAACAAACAAUGAGUGAAUCGAUUAGUAAAGACAGAUUUUUAUCAUGAAAAUGCUCAUCCUAUGUAAAAUUAUCUCCUCAAACCAAAUUAUUUACCUUUUUCCCUUUAAUUACAAUUUUCAUGACCAACUUUUCUGGUAUUUUUGUCUUUUAAAUGAUAUAAAUAUCAGUACAGUACAAGGACAAUUAGAGGAGGUAACCUGAAUAAAUGUAAAGUGAAGAGAACUGAGGAAUUGGCUGAAGAAUAGAGGACACAAAUCAAUAUUUGUAGCUUCUGAUCUUCUUUUCCCUCUGUGUUUAUUUCCUCAUCAUUCCUCGUUGCUCAUCUGUUUACUCAAAAAAAAGCUUUAUCUUUUAAUCCCCUGACUUUCUUAAAUGUUCGUCUUGAUGUUUAACAAACAGAAGAUUAACCUUAAACUGUUUCUUAUUUCAGUUGAUUUAACAUGAUUGUUUUCAGUAAUUUGUUACAUUUUCUGUUUUUUUGUUGUCUGCAGGGAGAGCCUGGUGCUGGUGGUGCCCCCGGUGGUAUUGGAGCCCCCGGUAUGCAGGGAAUGCCUGGUGAGCGUGGAGCUAGCGGUCUCCCCGGAGCUAAGGGAGAGAGAGUAAGUGACUCUUACUCGAGUCCAGUUUGUCGUCAUUGAGGCUAACCUGAACAGGCAGAGAUUUGAGGUAGACGCGGCCUAACUUAAUGAACUCUCUCUCUCUUCAGGGAGAUGGUGGCGCAAAGGGAGGUGAUGGUGGCCCCGGAAAAGAUGGAGGCCGUGGUCCAACUGGUGCCAUUGGACUCCCAGGACCCCCUGGUGCUCAGGGUGAGAAGGUGAGACCAAAAAAAAAGCUUCUUUUUCAUAUUAUUGAUUCUAUUUCAUGAAAUGUUCUUUUUAGUUUCUUCUCAUUGCUUCUUUACAUUUAACACCAUCUUUUUUCAGAUAUGUUGACAUUCCUAUAUUAGAGAUAUUCUCAGCUGUUGUGUGAAGUUACUAGCAUCAGUUACCAAACAGACUUGGUAGAGAUGGAGUAUCAUCUUUGUAAGCAAGUUAAACAUGACCUCCCGUAAUGUCAUCUCUCCUGGGAAUCUCUCGUCGUUUGAUGGUCCACGUUCAUUCAUGAAUCGGAUUUGUCCAAAGUUGCCAGACAACUUUAGAUUGUCCUGUGUUUCUGCUGAGCCUCACAGACUCUGGAUUCAUUCUUUUAAUUUACAAUUUGGGAUGAAGUCGAUUCAAGUCGGUUUAAGCUGUAAACUAUAUUUAAGUAGUAUUUGUUUCAAAAUGAACACUAAAAUGAAAGGGAAACAAACGUGAGAUAUAAUAUUUAUGUUGAUAGUCUUGCGCCGUCUCGGAGUGAUGCGUUCAGGGCCGCCUCAGAUAAAAGAGUGCUGUAUUGUACGCAUAGAGAGCUUUAUACGGGAGAGCAUAUCAAACAUUAUGAGGACUUUAACAGUAAUAUAUGUGGACUGAAUAUGUUCAAGACAUAUUGUAGCUAUCAUAACAAAACAAAAAAGUGUGCAGCUUCACUUUGACUUAUUUGGAUGAGCAAUCUAAUUACAAAUACUUUCAUAAUUAGCUCAUAUCCACCAUACAAGGUAACCCCAAAACUGUCCAAAGUUGCCAGGUUUGAUCAAGUCUCUGGAGCGCUGACCUUUAUUUCCCUCCACCUCUGAUUUCAGGGUGAGCCUGGUGCUGUUGGUGUCGCUGGAGCCACCGGUCCCCGUGGUUCCCCUGUAAGUUCUUUGUCAAACACGCCCCUGAUUCACGACUCGGAAACAAAGAAAAAGAAACAUUUGUUACUGAGCUAGAAACCAGUAACCUGAAGCUUUUGUUUUUCCUCCUCGUGACUCUCACAGGGUGAGCGUGGAGAGGCUGGACCCGCUGGACCUGCUGGAUUCGCUGGACCUCCUGUAAGAAUCCUGAACGCCAUCAUUUAUUUAGAUUUCUGUAACCGUUAAGAGUCCAAGUUUGGGGUGAAAACAUCUGCUGGACUGGUCUUUCUUUUUGUCCCUCUUCAUCCCAGGGUGCUGAUGGUCAGCCUGGUGCCAAGGGAGAGAGCGGUGACACUGGACCCAAGGGAGACGCUGGUGCUCCCGGACCCGGUGGACCUGUUGGAGCCGCUGGACCUCAGGUAAUCCCACAGAUAACACAGCUAGGUGCUGUAAAACAGUCAUAGAAAGUUGAAGUCUGUCAAUGACGAUAAAAGCUAAAAUCGGUGUGAAGAACUAAACUUUUUUCUUCAACAGGGACCUGCUGGACCUCCUGGACCCAAAGGUGCUCGUGGUGGUGCUGGAUCUCCUGUGAGUAUCUCUGAAAUAAAGAUUUUAUAGAGUCUUGCGGCGCUGUAAGUUAUGCUUCUUCUCAUCCUCUUUUUUCAUUCUGGGUGUGUUUUUAGGGUGCUACUGGUUUCCCUGGACCUGCUGGCAGAGUUGGACCUCCCGGCCCCUCUGUAAGUUUGACCUCCUUCAUGUAGUCCUCCUCCUUUUUAGUGCAUUUGUAAAUCCCAGCCGAGGCUAAAUCAACGACUUGAAUCCUCUGCAGGGAGCUGGUGGACCCCCUGGACCCGUUGGACCCGUCGGCAAAGAUGGAGCCAGAGGAGGCCGUGGUGAGACUGGUGCUGCUGGUCGCCCUGGUGAGGCUGGUGCCGCUGGCGCUGCCGGACCUGGUGGAGAUAAGGGAUCUCCCGGUUCUGAUGGAUCCCCUGUGAGUUUCUUGCAAAAUAAUAAUAAUAAUAACUUAAUUUUUAUAGUAGUAGUAGUCGUUUAUUCAGUCAUGACAACACUAAAUAUUGUACACAAUAUUGACAUUUCACACAAAAUCACAACAACAGAUAAUUAAUCGCACUUAUAAGCUUCAAAAAUUACUUUACAAACCAUUUUCUUAAAAAACAAAAAAAAGAAUGACAUGUUUUUAGUUUUAUGUUGGCAUCAUUCUAGACACACCUCCUUUUCAUACCCUUUUUUUAGCUUUUUGUACAGUAAAUUUGCCAAUACAUCUGAGAUUAUACGGACCGUCCUGAAUUGAAAAGAACCUCUGUAGAAAUAAAACAAAGGCUAAAAAGACAGUAAAUCGAAAUGAGAUGAAGGUAAAAGAUAAAAGUGCAAGUCUGUUAAAGUGAUCUUUUAAAUUAGACUUAAAGGAAGCGACUGUCUCUGCAAAAUAACAUCACAAAAUGGUCAGUGAUUUAUUUCCUGUUGUGCGCCUGCUGACUGGCUGUUGUUGUUGUUGUGCAUAGGGUGCCCCUGGUAUCCCCGGACCCCAAGGUAUUGCUGGACAGCGUGGUAUUGUAGGUCUCCCCGGACAGCGUGGAGAGCGUGGUUUCGCUGGUCUGCCUGGACCUGGAGUGAGUAUCCACCAACACAAGAGUAGGCAAAGGAUGUAGAAAACAAACAAACAAACAAAACUUUUUCAGUAGUUUUUAUUCUGCGUCAGAGAUCUGACCUCUCUUGGUUUCCUUUAGGGUGAGCCUGGAAAGCAGGGACCUAGUGGACUUGUUGGUGAGCGUGGAGCCCCCGGACCCGCUGGACCUCCUGGACUCUCUGGUGCCCCUGGAGAGGCUGGUCGUGAGGUAUGACACCCUGAAUUCUGCUGAAAAUCUUCAAGAAUAGAGACUUUUUUUAACAAGGUUUAUUUCUCACUUCUUGUUGUUAGUGGUGCACGUUUUUCAGGUUUUUAGACUCAGCCAGCCAAGAUGUCCGGUAGCUAAUCACUGAGCUGCUCUGUCUCCUCUCUCUCUCAGGGAUCUGCUGGACACGAUGGUGCCCCUGGUCGCGAUGGAGCUACUGGACCCAAGGUAAUCCUCCUACUCUGGAUUUGUUUUCUAAAACUUCUCAAUAGGGACACACUACUCAUAGAAAACAUCGUAUUUAGCUGCACAGUGGUCUCUAACUGGAUAUUUACCUCUGUAGGGAGACCGUGGUGAGAGUGGCAUGGCUGGACCCCCAGGACCCCCUGGUCCUCCUGGUGCCCCCGGAGGUGUUGGCCCAUCUGGCAAGACUGGUGACCGUGGAGAGUCUGUAAGCUCCCUUUCUUCUCCUCUGCAGCCUGUUGAAGACCAACUCUCCGUUCUGAUUUAACCCACUUUUCUACCAUUCUUUCAGGGUGCCGCUGGCUCUGCUGGUCCUUCUGGUCCCGCCGGUGUCCGUGGUCCUGCUGUAUGUUCAUCCCAACACAACAUGCAUCACCAAAAUAUUCAUUUUAAUUGGCGCUCCAGCGUAGCGAUCGUAUUGACCUCUUGUUUUCUUCGUGUAGGGACCUGCUGGAGCUAAGGGAGACAGAGGAGAGGCCGGUGAGGCUGGAGACAGAGGCCACAAGGGACACAGAGGAUUCUCUGGCAUGCAGGGUCUGCCCGGACCUGCUGUAAGUAGCUCUUAACCCUAGAACACUAUCGCUAAAAUUAGUAACACCAUCACUAUCGGCGAGUGAUUUUUACUUGAAAUAAUAUACCCAAGAGGAAACCAGACCAGAUAUUCAUGCAUCUAUGUUUUUCUGCCUUUAGGGAACCACUGGAGAGAGAGGACCCGCCGGUGCCUCUGGACCUGCUGGACCAAGAGUAAGUAGACCUGUUGCAGAAGUGAAGACUUGUACUAAAAUAGAACUAAUAGAAGCUCAGUGUGAGUAAAGGCUGUCUUCAUAUACCCGAGUAAAAAGACGCAUUUGUGUUGAAUAUAAUCAGGAUGUUUCAGGAUGUAAAAAAUGCACAGUCAGCAGAUUUAUGUUGCAUGGCUGACAGGACUAAACAUGAUCGAGAGAUUGAGAUACUUAGUCUUGCAAGGUUUUAUUCUGAGUGAUACUGCAACUUUUGUUCCACAGGGACCUGCUGGAUCUAACGGCUCCCCCGGUAAGGAUGGAAUGAACGGCCUGCCUGGACCUAUUGGACCCCCUGGACCUCGCGGUCGCAAUGGAGAUAUGGGCGCUGCUGUGAGUCGAACUAGAAUCUCUAUUUUUGAUUUUAAAGAACCACUUCAAUUUGCUUUUUUGCAUCAAGACUUUUUGACUUUGUCAGGAACCUCUACUUCAACGAAAUUAAAUUGACUAAAUUACAAAAUGCUCUUAUUAAAAUUAUGGCACUUGUCGUGUUAGGGUCGCUGUUGACCUGGUUAGAUCAAUAUCAUGUGAUGAUUUAGGAAAUUUUGUUUGAGAUACUUGUGUCUGUGGUAAAUAAACUUGUGGUGUCUCCGGACAGGGUCCUGCUGGACCUCCUGGACCCCCUGGACCUCCCGGACCCCCCGGAGGCGGAUUCGACUUCGUCAGCCAGCCCAUCCAGGAGAAAGCCCCUGAUCCCCUGCGUGGAGGCUACCGCGCUGAUGACCCCAACAUGCAGCGCGAUCGCGACCAGGAGGUUGACACCACCCUCAAGACCCUGACCCAGAAGGUGGAGAAGAUCCGCAGCCCCGACGGUACCAAGAAGAGCCCCGCCCGCAUGUGCCGCGACCUGAGGAUGUGCCAGCCUGACUUGAAGAGCGGUGAGUGAAGACCAGAGCCGCCAUGCAGCUUUCAGACAAAACAUUAAUAUGGGCUUAGACUCAAACUGGUUUCUGUCCCCCUGUUUCAGGCAUGUACUGGGUGGACCCCAACCAGGGCUCCACUUUGGAUGCCAUCAAGGUCCACUGCAACAUGGAGACUGGAGAGACCUGCGUCUUCCCCAGCAAGGCCAACAUCCCCAUGAAGAACUGGUACACCAGCAAGAACAACAAAGAGAGGAGACACAUCUGGUUCAGCGAGUCCAUGACCGGUGGAUUCCAGGUAAGACAUGAAGAAACCCAGACCAAGAGCAUCCCCAAAAUCUCACAGAUCAGAGAGUCUGAUCUCCUCCCUCUCCUCCCUCCAUCUUUCAGUUCCAGUAUGGCACCGAUGGAGCUGAUACCGAGGACGUCAACAUCCAGAUGACCUUCAUGCGCCUGAUGUCCAACCAGGCCUCUCAGAACAUCACAUACCACUGCAAGAACAGCAUCGCCUACAUGGACUCCGCCACCGGCAACCUGAAGAAGGCCCUGCAGCUCCAGGGAUCCAACGACAUCGAGAUCAGAGCCGAGGGCAACAGUCGCUUCACAUACAGUGUCAGCGAGGAUGGCUGCACGGUGAGUUCACUGAAACACAUCAAUUCAACCUCAGAAGAAGCGAGAACUUUUAUCCGAAACACGUCUUUACUGAGCAACUCCUGACUUCCUCUCCUUCUCUCUCUCUCCACAGUCACACACUGGCACAUGGGGCAAGACAGUCAUCGACUACAAGACAACGAAAACAUCCCGCCUUCCCAUCAUUGACAUUGCUCCUAUGGAUGUUGGUGCAGCUGAUCAGGAGUUUGGCGUCCAAGUUGGCCCCGUCUGCUUCUUGUAAAAAUGAAAGAAAUAUGGACAUGACGUUGUUGUUUUUUUUCUAGCAGUCAUCUCUAAAUCCUUUUUUCUAUGCAUUCAAAACUCAUUCGGCUGCCAUUGGUCCACAUGCUUAAAACCACUCUACUGAAGACGAUGUUUCAAAUCAUGAGAAGUCUUUUUUUUGGACUGCUACUUCAACCAACUCGCAAGGACACUUUAAAAAAAAAGAAUCGUUUGUCCCCACUGGAAACAAGAAAAUAAUAUAUACUUGUGUAAAAUUUCCCCCUGGAGAUUGAGAAAAAAAACAUUCACUCACGCAAUGAAACAAAGGUGACUUUUGCAAUUUUUCUAUCACUGCGGAAAGGACAUUGAAAACAACAAGUGAUAUGUACCAUGUUUCUGGUGUUAAAUAAAUUGUAAAAAGUGUGAAGUGUCUUCUUGUGCUAAAUUUUGUGGAAAGAAAAACACCUGAAUGUUGCUCAGACAGAGGAAACAAAGAAGCUCACCUUCAUUGCUAAAAUGUAGAUGGCUACCUCAUAACAAGAAGUCACCCUGAGUUUUUUUCUUAACUGAAAAGGGUUUAUUUUACACGAGUCUAUUGUGGGGAAAAUCAAAAACAUUAAAGGUGCUAAAACCAUUUCAAUGAGGUCCAGUUAUUGGUGUUUGACAGUGAAACUCUCGCCGUCAUACUGUAAUUAUUGCCACUAAUGCCUGCAGAACCUUUGGUGCUACUAAAUUGAUUCUUGUUGUCCAUGCAGUGCAAAUGUUUUCUUCCUGAGUGUUGGUUUGAUGGAAGAGGUCCUCAGAAAAAGGUGAUCACUGCAGAUGUUAUGCAUGCAAUCAUGUCUUUGUAGAUAAAAAGCAAGUGACUCUGGUUCAACAUCAUUUUCCCUGCCCAUGUGUUCAGUGUUCAACCUUCUGUCUGUUUUUUUUUUUUUUGCCCCUGUGGAAAACUCCUCUUCACUAAAAAGAAAAACAAAACAGCACACAUCUCCCACUCUGUUGUUUAUGUUGUUUGUUGAUGUCUUUCGCGAAGGUUUCUUAAAAAAGAAAUUGAAGCAGACCCACUUUCAUGGUUUAAAAGAGAGAUUCUGUACUUAUUUUGUACAUGUAUAAUAAAUUGAGAUGUUUUUAAUUAUUUUGGGUGCUGAAAUAAAGCAUGUGAAGUGGUCUACUCA